GUGACGGCCCCGCCAUGGCGAAGCCCCCGGCGGCGGCGGCGGCGGCGGCGUCGGAGGAGCUGAGCCAGGUGCCGGACGAGGAGCUGCUGCGCUGGAGCAAGGAGGAGCUGGCGCGGAGACUGCGGCGCGCGGAGGGCGAGAAGGUGGGCCUCAUGCUGGAGCACGGCGGCCUGAUGCGCGACGUGAACCGGAGGCUGCAGCAGCACUUGCUGGAGAUCCGCGGCCUCAAGGACGUGAACCAGCGGCUGCAGGACGACAACCAGGAGCUGCGCGAGCUGUGCUGCUUCCUCGACGACGACCGGCAGAAGGGGCGCAAGCUGGCGCGCGAGUGGCAGCGCUUCGGGCGCCACGCGGCCGGCGCCGUGUGGCACGAGGUGGCCCGCUCGCAGCAGAAGCUCCGCGAGCUUGAGGCGCGCCAGGAGGCCCUGCUGCGCGAGAACCUGGAGCUCAAAGAACUGGUGCUGCUGCUGGACGAGGAGCGCGCGGCGCUGGCGGGGGGCGCGGGCGGCGCGGGCGGCGCGGGCGGCGGCGGCGCCGGCUCCCGCAGCUCCAUCGACAGCCAGGCCAGCUUGAGCGGGCCGCUGCCCGGCGGCGCGGCGGGCGCGGGUACCCGGGACGUGGGCGACGGCAGCAGCACGUCGAGCGCGGGCAGCGGCGGCAGCCCGGACCAUCACCACCACGUCCCGCCGCCGCUGCUGCCUCCCGGGCCGCCCAAGGCCCCCGACGGCAAGGCGGUAGCCACGCGCCGGUCCCUGGACGACCUUUCGGCGCCGCCGCCGCACCACCGAAGCAUCCCCAACGGCUUGCACGAUCCCUCGUCCGCCUAUGUGCGGCAGCUGGAGACCAAGGUGAAGCUGCUGGAAGGUGACAAGCUCCUGGUGCAGCAGGCAGGCCCCGGGGAGUUCAGGACGCUGCGGAAAGGCUUCUCCCCGUACCACUCGGAGUCACAGCUCUCCAGCCUGCCGCCCUCCUACCAGGACUCCCUGCAGAACGGCCCAGCCUGCCCGGCUCCCGAGCUGCCCUCGCCCCCAUCCGGCGGCUACAGCUCCACAGGGCAGAAGCCCGAGGCCGUGGUGCACGCAAUGAAGGUCCUGGAGGUGCAUGAAAACCUCGACCGGCCGCUGCAGGACAGCUGUGAGGAGGACCUGAGUGAGAAGGAGAAGGCCAUCGUCCGUGAGAUGUGCAACGUGGUCUGGAGGAAACUGGGAGAUGCCGCCAGCUCCAAGCCCUCCAUCCGGCAGCACCUCUCUGGGAACCAGUUCAAAGGGCCUUUGUAGGGACGCUCCCCUGCGGACGUGGACUUGGCCCUUGUGCCGAGCCGCCGGCUCCUUUCUCCCUGGUGGACUGUACAUAGGACGCUGCCUGUUGCCUCCUGGCUGCAGGGGGCACGGCCCCCUCCUGCCUCUCAGACACCAGCACACCAGGGAGUCAGCUCCCCAGCAGAGCGGCCUGGACAGCUUCCUUCCUGACCCAGGGCCCGGUGGCGGUGGGCGAGAGGCUGAGGGGUGCUCGGAGAUGCCCAGCCCUGGCGAAGGGGCCCCCCGGGCUGCCGCCUGCCCAGGACAGUGGUCGCUGGCUGCCGGACCGCCCCGCGGGGCUCCACUUCUGAACGCCAGUUCCCCGAGCAGGGUGCCCCAACUCUUGGAUGACGGGGGCUCCACUGUGGCCCCUCCUCUGGCCCUCAGGCCCGGUGCCUCCCUGCUGCCAGCCGCUGCUUGUUUUUAGAUUCCACACCCCCACCCUUGGCCACACACCCUCUGCCGUGUCCCCUCGCCUGUGCCAGCUGGUGCCCCAUCUUUCUGGGUCCCUCGUGCCCAGGGGCCCAAGGCACUUCCUGGUCUGUGCUCCACACGACGGGCCGCGUGGAGCCUCUGGGCCGGGCCUCCCUCUGCAUGGGUGGCAGCGGGCCACGGCGUGGCUGGGCCUCUGCUCAGGAAUGGUCCCCCCGAGCCCAGCCCCCUUCCUGGGUGACUGUGCCCAGAGCUGUGUGGCCGCAGGUGAAGGGGUUCUGCCCUCCUUGGGAGGAGUCCCCCCCCGGGCUCUGGCUUUCAUUUUCCUGUGUGACCUUCAGCAAGUCACUCAGCAUCUCUGGGCCCCUGGUGGGGAAAAAAGGACUCAGAGGAUGAGGGCCAGCAGCUCACGCACAGCGCAGGGGCCAGUGGGGACCCUCCUGCUGGAGGGGCGGCUGGCGGGGGCGGGGGGCUGCAGGGGAGCCCCGCUGCCUUGGCCCCCGCCUCGAUGGGUGGCCGCCUCCCUCUCUGAGCUUCAGUGUCCUCUCCUGUCGAGGGCGCAGCCUAAGGCCCUCCUUGCAGGGCUCUGGGGAUCAAAUGAGACCUUCGGUGUAAAAAUGACCAUGUAUAAAACUGUAAAGCGAGACAUGUAAAUGUUAAAAUUUAUGUGAGGGAAGUAAGGCCCAGAGGCCUCGGUUUCCAGUUCCUCCAGCACCGCUGACCCCUGCACCUCGGCGGUACCGAGAGCUCGAGCGGUCCGAGAGGCUGUCUCGGCCUCGUCCAGGCUCACGUGAGCGGCGGGGACCAGGUAAAGGGAUGGGCGAGGCUGCCCUGGGUCUGCCCCCACGGGGACUCAGAGCUGUCCCCACUGCCUGUCUGCCGUCGGCACCCUUGGGCGCACAGUCCCCGGGGAGAGGCCCGCGUCCGCAGGGUGCCGAGUGGGUGCUGCUGACAGCAUCAGGCAUGGUCCUGAUGCCCUGAGCGUUGCAGGAAGCUACGGGCGCCCUGGAAGAGCUGGUCCUCAGGCCAGGUGGUGAGCUCCCCGUCUCCGGGGGUGUGCACUUGGAGCUGGGUGAUUCCUACCUAGGUGGGCAGCGAGCUGGAGGGCAGAGGGCCCCCCUCCUGGGUCUCCGGGGUGGGAGCCACUCCCGAGAACCCGUGUGUCACGUUUGGGUCAGGUUGGCUCGGCCACCACUGAAAAUAAGCAAUAAGUCAGGCGUCCUGGUACCUGCGGGUCUCCUGCAAACUGACCUGGGGAAUGGCCUCAAAGGGACCUUUCCCGGGUGGAGGGAGGUGGCGUCCAGGGGAUGGGGCGGGGCAGGCGUUUCCGGCCGGUGCUGAGGUCUCCUUCCUGCCCCCUGCCCGUGUCCAGAGCCAGCGCUGCCUGGGAACGGCUUUCCAGGACAAAGCUGUACCUGGGAUACCAUCUCGUUCACCUAAGCUGUUGAAAAGCCUGCAGCGCUUCCGCCUGGCCCGCGCUGGGCCUGGGGCCUUGGCUGCAGCAGGAACCCUCGGCUGGGAGGAGGACCCCGGGAUCCCGGCUAGCUCAGGGGGGUCCCAGCUCUGCCACCACGCAGGGAGUGUGUGCAGGGCCACCGUGGCACCCUUCCUCCGGUCCGGAGCCUUAGCUCUGAAGCUCGUGGGUAGGGGUGUCACUGAACCUGGUGUCCUUUCGUGAAGGUCCUUGUUUCAGACACUCUUUGCUGCCAGAGCCCCAUGGGACCCCUAUGCUGUGGCUUUCAUCCCCACUGUGAUGGAUGUCACCCUUCCAGCCUCAUCCCAGGUGGCCAGGCCCAUCCUGGAAUCAGAAUCCACUGAGCACAUUUUAAUCCAAAAGUUAUUACCCACACAUCAGUGUUUGAAAGAGAAAAGUGACCUUUCAUUUUUUUUUUUUUUUUCUUUCUUGAAAACUUGAGAGGAAACCAUGCAUACUACUGAUUUUUUUUUUAAAGAAACAAAGGAAAUGCAUGACUGCAGAGCGGUAGAGGUGUAUAUUUUUCAUAACGUGGGGGAACUAUUUGUGCUGCUCUCUGGGAACGGGUGCGUGCCUGGCUCCCGUCCCCGGGCUGGCAGCCACGCUCUGUCUUCCGUGGGACGCUGGAGCCCCGGGCCGACCCCUCCCCGGCUCCGGGCAGUGCCGGUAGCCCUGGACUCCUGUGCCCGUUUCUACCUUCUAUUGAACCACUUUGAUUUGGGGAGAGAAAAAGAAAUAGAACUUUUUUGAUAGUGUGGUAAAAACAUUGAUUUGAACUAUUUUAGUAAAAGUAACAGAGAAGACUGUGAUAGUGUAUACUUUGCGCUAGAUAAAUAAAGGCUCCUUGCAAGCCUCUGC